AUGGUGCACGCCCUAACUGGACACUGCCCGUCUCCCUUCUUAGAGGAGGCGCUAUUUCCCACCGACGGGGGUUUUAUCGAUGGCCGCUAUUGCGAGACUAUCCCCUUGGGCAACAGCUCCUUAUCCUGUUGCUUACCAUGUCCUCUUGCCGAAUGGAGAUAUGAGACUGACUUGGCCGAUAAAAUCGCCGUCACGAGUUGGAUCAGUGUCGCCAUUCUCCCUCUAUGUGUCUUCUUGUUGGUUUCCUACGCCGUCUUACCUGUCAAAUGGUCUCACCGUCAUUACUUGAGUGUUUGCUUUACAGUGGGCAUUUGUUUCAUGCAGGUCGCCUUUAUUAUUCCCCUCGGUGCAAAGCCAGAGGAAUGCCAUAAUGCAAUCACCCCCAAUGAUAUGCGCUCCAAUCUUUCCUGUGCCUUCUCGGGAUCUUUACUGUUAUUUGGAGGCCUGUUUAUCGUUGUAUGGAGUUUCAUCCGCACAAUGGCUUUCCACCUACAAGUAUGCUGGGAAAAAGUCCUAGGGCCGAAGUUCAUGUGGACAGCCUUUGUCUGCGGCUUCGGGCUCCCAGCAAUCGGACUGACAGUUAUGCUGAUACUGACUGGAGUGUCAUUCCGAUUCGGCAAAGUCUGCCAUAUCAACGUAAAAAACGGCAUAUACACCUACUGGAUCCCAGUCAUGAUCUUCGGCGCAGCAGCUCUCAUCCUCCAACUAUCAACAAUGAUCUACUGCAUGCACAUCUACCUCCGCUCCCUUUUCGACAAAUCUACCUCAACUACAGGCAGUUCAGGCGCACUCCCUUCCUACACAUCCAGCAUGGGCACCGUUACAGCCCGGCAAGCCUAUCGACGCGUACGCCGCGUCCUUAAACUUCAAUGGCGCGGCAUCGCCCUCACAUGUAUCAUCCUCGGCAACGUAAUCUUCUUCGCAGUUGUCUUCAUCAACCUCGACAACGCCGUCGCACCAACAGAAGACAACGUCAAACUUGCAAUGCCCUGGCUACUGUGCCUCGCCAAAACCGGCGACAAGGAGCUCUGCCGCGAAUAUGCCGAAGCCAUCGGUCCCAACGAAGCAACCGUACUAGCAGUCGUGAUUCUCCUCUCCCUCGUCGGCCUCUGGAACUUCCUCCUCUUCGCCCGUCCCUCCAUGUUGGCCGGGUGGCUGGAUCUAAUCCGCAGCAAAACUACCCGGCGCAACGAGUUCGUCUCUGUAGACGCCGCUAACCGCUUCACCGACAACAAGGGCUUCGAAAUGCUCACCUCACCUCUGAAAUCACCCGAUCCGUUCAUGCGCUCGCCAAGCCCUACUCGAAUGGGGCCUGACCGCAACGCCUUCAUGCGCUCACCGAGCCCUACCCAAAUGGGCGGCACAGACCGCAGCGCUUUCAUGCCGUCGCCAAGCCCUACACAAACAGGAACUGAACGAAGUUUCUUCAUGCCUUCCCUGAGCCCCACACAGACUGGAUACGGCCGCAGUCCAGCCAGUCCUACCCCCAGCUCGGACCGCACUCAUGUCGGUCGUGAAGCCCGCUAUGUGCGUCCCUCGCUAAGUUUUUCCGGGCCUAGGCCGCCUAGCUCAUUACAUAGUGCGCGCGAUUGGGAUCCCCAGUCUUCAUUUGCGCCCGCGUACGGACGAGGUUCCUGA